AUGAACAUUCGGCCAGCACGGGUAGAAGACCUGAUGGGGAUGCAGGCCUGUAACCUGCAAAAUUUGCCCGAGAAUUAUACCCUGAGAUAUUACCUGUAUCAUGCUAUGACGUGGCCAUCACUUUCAUACGUCGCCGAGGACGAGAAAGGUCGCAUCGUUGGAUAUAUCCUUGCAAAGAUGGAAGACGAUCCUAGCCCUGGAGAAGAGAUUCAUGGGCAUGUCACCUCCAUUUCUGUGCUGCGCUCAUACCGCCGCCUUGGACUUGCUAAAAAGUUGAUGAUACAAUCUCAAGAGGCAAUGGCGUCGAUAUACAAAGCACCAUAUGUCUCACUGCAUGUCCGUAAGUCGAACCGCGCCGCUCUGAGCCUCUACCGCGACACACUUGGUUUCACCGUCAAAGAUAUUGAGAAGGAGUAUUAUGCCGAUGGAGAAGAUGCGUAUGCGAUGCAACUGUCACUGAAACAGUGA